CGUUGCUGCCUUUUUCUCUUUUUCUUUUUCUUCUUCUUUCUUUAAUUUUUUUUCUUUCCUUUUGCCAUUGACGAUACCCUCGGCGUAGUAUUUGCUUUGCUUGUGUUCAAUUGGGUGACUAGCGCCUGUCUCCUGCUUCGUCGUCCAUAUCACGACCAAUUUGACCCGCUCCGUGCCCGCUAACACAACUGCCGAAGUAUCGAGUUCGUUCUGGUAAGGGGACUACCACAUUGCUGCUUAGGUCGUUGCCGCCUCUCUUCCAGCACAACACCAGCCACAACCUCGGUAUCUGUCUGCCGCCAUGGCCUCCCUCCCGAAAGGCAUCAAGGCCGUUCUGAGCAAGGCGCCCACCGACGUCGUCGUGCUCUCGGCCCUCCGCACGCCCAUCUGCCGGUCGUACAAGGGCCAGCUCAAGGACGCCUACCCCGAGGAGCUGCUGUCGGUGGUGCUGCGGGCAACACUCGACGCGAACCCGACGCUAGACCCGGCCGCCAUCGACGACGUCGCCGUCGGCGUUGUGCUGUCGGAGCUGGGCGGGUCCAAGGCGGCGCGCAUGGCCAUGAACCACGUGGGCUUCCCGUCGACAACGUCGCUGUACACGGCCAACCGAGCGUGCGCGUCGUCGCUGCAGAGCAUCGCGCUAGUCGCGGCGCAGAUCCGCUCCAGCAUGAUCGACGUCGGCAUCGGCGCCGGCAUGGAGAGCAUGACGCGCAACUACGGCAGCCGCGCCAUCCCGACCGACGCGUGGCCCGCGCUACGCGACAGCCCCGUCAAGGACGCGCGCGACUGCGUCAUGGCCAUGGGCCUGACCAGCGAGAACGUCGCGCGCCGCUACGGCGUCAGCCGCGCCGACCAGGACGCCUUCGCCGUCGAGAGCCACGCCCGCGCCGCCCGCGCCCGCGCCCAAGGCCACUUCGCUGCCGAGAUCGUCCCCGUCACCACGCGCUUCCAGCCGACCGACAAGCAGGGGAACAAGGUCGGCGACGAGCAGACCGUCACCGUCGCCGAGGACGACGGCAUCCGCGCCGGCGCCACGCUCGAGGCGCUCGCCAAGCUCAAGCCAGCAUUCGCCGCCGACGGCGCCAGCACGGCCGGCAACUCGAGCCAGGUCAGCGACGGCGCGGCGGCCGCGCUGCUGAUGCGCCGCAGCACGGCGACGCGGCUGGGGCUGGCCGACCGCGUCAUGGGCCGGUUCGUCGCUGCGUCCGUCGCCGGCUGCGCGCCCGACGAGAUGGGCAUCGGCCCGGCCCUCGCUGUGCCCAAGCUGCUCACCCAGCUGGGGCUCGCCACGGAGGACGUGCACACGUGGGAGCUCAACGAGGCGUUUGCGAGUCAGGCACUCUACUGCGCGCGCGCCCUCGGCCUCGAGCAGGCGUGGCAAGACGGCCGCGUCAACCCCGCCGGCGGCGCCAUCGCCCUCGGCCACCCCCUCGGCGCCACCGGCGCCCGCAUGGUCAGCACCCUGCUCCACGGCCUGCAGCGCUCGGGCGGCGAGACGGGCGUCGUGAGUAUGUGCAUUGGCACCGGCAUGGGCAUGGCCGGCUUGUUUGUGCGCGAGUAGGGGCGGCGUGCGCUUCUUUUUUUGUAAAUAUUCGUUUUAGCAUUUUCACAUAUUGUUCUAUACCGGCUGGAAAGUCCAUGUGCACCUGUUCAAGUUCAGAUUUAGCGACAUGGGGUAACUGCGUUGGUUGCGGAACGAAACAUAUAUAGCCUCCCAACUUUGAUGCUAGCCAGUCAGUCAGUCAGCCAGUCAGCCAGUCACAAAACAAAGCAGCAAGAAUGCAGGAACCCGGCCAGCGGCAGCAGUGACACGAGACCCGGCCGUCUGAUGACACUAAUCUGCCCCUCCCGAACUUGCAGACGCAGCAGGAGCACAGCGUUGAUGAAUAGCAAAUCAUUUUGGGCUGGCUAGCUAGAUAAGG